CUCUUCCCACAAUCCCCGGACAGAGAGGAGGCAGCAGCAGCACAUACUGGGGAGGAUGAUGUGGUGAUCGCGGCGGCAGCAGCAGGCAGAAGGGACCUGUGCGGCAGCAGCAGCAGACUGGGGGGGAAUAUGUGAUCGCUGCAGGGGGACAGGCGCUGAGUAUAGGGGAGGGGAAGCAUGUGCACGGUGCGGCACCAAUAACACUUUCCUCCGCACGCAGCAGCUCACUCACUACAAGGGAGAUAGACAUAUAUUUAUAUCGAAGAGAACUGUUGCACAAUUAUUGCAAUGCUAUUAACCUAAGUAUCGGAGUGCCAGGCGUUACCUGCUACAGAUCGCCAGCUGCGAGUCAGACAAGUUGUAUGCAUGCAGCGUGCACGUCCAGUGUGCCCCCAUAGGCAGUGACAGGCAUCCAGUGGCAGCAGUGACGGGCUGGGGAGACAUCUGUCACUCUUUGUUUGCAGUAGCCCCAGAUCACCGCCCCGUGUGGCCCUGUGGGGGUCAGGAUGAAGGAUCGCACCCGGGAGCUGCGUGCUGCCAAAGACAGUGAUGAAGAUGAUGAAGUGGCUGUCAGUUUGGAUCGAGACCGCUUCAUGGAUGAAUUCUUUGAACAGGUUGAGGAGAUCCGAGGUUUCAUUGACAAGAUAGCGGAAAAUGUGGAGGAAGUAAAAAGAAAGCAUAGCGCUAUUCUUGCUUCUCCCAACCCAGAUGAGAAAACCAAGGCAGAUUUGGAAGAGCUGAUGUCGGACAUCAAAAAGACAGCCAACAAGGUCCGCUCAAAGCUGAAGAAUAUUGAACAGAGCAUUGAACAGGAAGAAGCAAUAACCCGCUCCUCCGCGGAUCUGCGCAUCAGGAAGACGCAGCACUCAACGCUGUCUCGCAAGUUUGUAGAGGUGAUGUCCGAAUAUAACGCCACUCAGUCAGAUUACCGUGAGCGCUGCAAAGGCCGUAUCCAAAGACAGCUUGAAAUCACUGGCAGAACCACAACAAGUGAGGAGCUGGAGGAUAUGUUAGAGAGUGGAAACCCAGCCAUCUUCUCAUCAGGGAUCAUAAUGGACUCUAACAUUACUAAACAGGCUCUAAAUGAAAUUGAGACCCGGCACAGUGAGAUCAUUAAGCUGGAGAACAGCAUCCGGGAGCUGCAUGACAUGUUCAUGGACAUGGCGAUGCUCGUAGAGAGUCAGGGAGAGAUGAUUGACCGUAUAGAGUACAAUGUGGAACAUGCCGUGGACUAUGUGGAGAGAGCCGUGUCCGACACCAAAAAGGCUGUCAAGUACCAGAGCAAAGCCAGGAGGAAGAAGAUCAUGAUCAUCAUCUGCUGCGUGGUUCUUGGUAUUGUCAUUGCUUCAACGUUUGGAGGGAUUUUCGGAUAGAGAGCGGAGUGGCAGCUACAGAUUGCAUGUUCUGGACAUAGCAGGAAAAAAUGCGGCACACCGUAAGAGCCGCACCGGAUGGUGGGGGAUGAGAGCGAAAACACGCUUCCCGAGAGGAGAGCCCCUCUGCAUGACUACCCUGUGUGUAACCCAGCGCACGGACCCAGGGAGAGACUAUUUGGUGCGGGAGGGGGAGGAAGGGAUAUACACAAAGCCAGACCACUGACUUGGCGUUGGAUGCAAUGAUGCCCCUUCUUCCCUUCAUGAAGAGCAUUCUCCAGCAAUGGACCCAAAGUUGGUGCUUUUAGGGAUCAAUAUAGGGUUAGAUUUCCUGCGCUGCCUUUAUAUUCUGUCCCCGUGCCCACCAGAUGCCUUUUGGGUUUGGAUAAGGAUUUGUCUCUGCCACAGCCAACUAGACACCAGUGUUGGGCCAAAGUGCCAAGCAAAGCCAAUUUUUACUUCUUUUACUUAACACGCACACACAUUCCUCCCCCUCUGGAAAAAAUAAUAACUUGGGACAGCGCGCUGGGACAGACCAUGUCGGCCUCUCCUUUGCAUGACAGGGGUUCAGUGUUUGGUUAAACAUUUUAAGGUUGGGAUAUGUUUUGUGUGAUCCUUGUCCUUUAUUUUCACCUCUCCUGGAGAGGGGCACACCCCACCCCACCCUUUUUUUUUGUAUCAUAUGCAUACAUUCCCUUUUGUAAUUGUGUGAGCAAGUUGUCCACCGUUGUGUGUAUGUCUCUCUAAGCCACAUAUGCAGACAAAUCAAUGUGUGAGCAGACUCCCGUGUACUGGAAGCUGUGGAGAUGUCACAGUUGGGCAGGGCGGAGCCAUCCGUCGGGUUGAUGAUGGCAAACCAAGCCCUUAUGUGCCUUACGGCUUGCACCAGUCGGGAGCUAACCCCUUUUAGAGCUGCAGAGAUCACAGUGCUUUCCCAGCUCUGAAGGGAUUAUCACCAGCAUGCUUUGUGAGGAGAGUUUUAUAUUUGGUGUUAUAUCUACCUGGUGUACUGUAUGUUGUCAGCAGCCCUUGUGCGGCAUUUAAUAAAUGAUGUGAGUUUGGGAACAUUAAA